GGUAGUCAGGCUUUACAUAAUGUUGGGACCCAUCUCUGCUGGAAGGCGUUUGUCACACCAUGUAUGUUUUGAGCAGAGCAGAAACAAGGAUGAGAGGGCCUAAUGUGCUUGGGAGAGGUCGGCAUCAGAUGCUGUUGGCGCUCUGUUGGCUGUUUUUGGUUGUGACGAGGAGCGGAGCAGUCUCCAGAUGUGUGGACCGUGCCUGUAGCCCACCAAUCGGGAACUUGGCUAGUGGCAGGACCCUCUUCACCCAAUCAAGUUUCCCCGAGGACACCCACCCAUCCGCUCACAUGACGGAUGACCCUUUCUUGCAUCCGGAUACCUGGUGGGCGUCGGGAGCAAGCGAUGCCAUACAUGGGCAGCAGGAUGAGAUCCGGUUGGAACUGGAAACACAGUUCUGUCUGUCCCAUGUAGUUUUGGUGUUCAGGUCACCACGGCCUGCUGCCAUGGUCGUUGAGCGUUCAGCUGACUUUGGAAACACCUGGGAAGCUCUGAAGCUUUUUGCGCACAAUUGCAGCAUGGAGUUUGGUUUGCCUGAUGAUUUGACUCAGCUAGGCUCUUUGUGUACAUCCCGUUAUACCAGUGCUACACCCUGCAGCAGGGGGGAGGUAAUAAUACGGACACUUGACCCCAGCAGUGGUAAAACACUGGACCCUUACAGUCCAGAGGCCCUCGCCCGCCUCACCCUCACUAACCUCCGCAUCAGACUGCUGAAAGCUCAGACCUGUCCGGCAUCUCCAAAUCCCCCCGCCGAGUUGACAAGCCCCACAGCCUCAGCUCUGACUUCAACAUCCACCAGAGAAAGCCCAGUUUCAGCACCUUAUGCCAUUUAUACUUUACUGGCCAGAGGGACCUGCCUGUGCCAUGGACACGCUGAGUACUGUUUACCAUACAACAGCAGCCAAGACACAAUACAGCACAGUAACAUGGUGCCUGGUAGGUGCCUAUGUACUCACCAUACAGCGGGGGAUCACUGUGAGAAGUGUGCCCCGCUCUACAACGAUCGUCCAUGGAGGCCUGCCAACAGCAGCAGCGGGGAGUCCAACCCAUGCCAGAAGUGCCAGUGCCACGGUCACGCAGACAGCUGUCACUUCUCUCAGCGGGCAUGGCUUUCCUCCGGUGGAACCAGUGGGGGUGUUUGUGAUGACUGCAGACACAACACUGUUGGGCGCAAGUGCAGGCGCUGUCGCCACGGCUACCACCGUCACCCAUCCAUGCCCCUCAACUCCCCCCACGCCUGCACACGCUGCUGGUGUGAUCCACAGGGCUCUUUGCCUACUCGUCCCGGAGAGGAGGGACCCUGGUGCCACCCCAGAAGCGGGCAGUGCCACUGCAAAUCUGGUGUAGGCAGCACAAGCUGCAGCCACUGCUUGCCAGGCUAUUGGGGUUUUGGAGAGGAGGGCUGUAAACCCUGCGCCUGCCCUCAUAGCUGUGAUCCAACCACUGGGCAGUGUCUGGACAGCUACUCAAAUAAUCAGGUGUUCAAUGUGCCCGUUGGUGGAAAAAUCCCUGAUCUGGAUCACAUGUUCACAAUAGAAGAAGAGGUACAGUGGUCGAAGGAGCUUGCGGUCUCUGCUCUGCAUUACACAGGAAAGUGUAGCUGUAAGGAGAAAAAGCUGAGAAGUGCAUCUGACCUCUGUAAGAUCAAACAUGAUUAUGUGAUCAAGGCCAGUGUGCUGUCUGCUCACGACAAAGGCAGCCACGCAGAAGUGCAGGUCAAAGUUCGCAAGGUUCUUCGAUCAGGCAAAGUGGCACUCUACUUGGGAACCAUCAGCAUCUACCCUCUGUCCUGGACCAGCCGCGGCUGCACAUGUCCUAUUCUAAACCCAGGUAUGGAGUACCUGCUGGCAGGCCCAGAGGAGGCUGGGACAGGCCGUCUACUGGUCACCAUGCAGAGUGUGGUGGUCCCAUGGACACCACGACUGGGUUUACUUAUAUCAGAGGGUCUGAGGAAUGGAUGUACGUGAAUAUAAAUACAAAAAAAGU